AUGGCGGAUGGGUUCAUGAUGAUCCGUUUCAAGUCGGAAGAGGAUCAAGCGCCGGUGAUGGACGACCCGUGGCUGGUGGCGGGCCAGUUGUUGGCGAUGGAGAAGUGGAUGCCCGACUUUAUUCUAGGCAUCCAUACUGUGAGUCGGACGGUGGUCUGGGUCCGGCUACCGGGGCUCCCACUGGAGUACUGGGACAGGGAGAUGAUCCUAGCGAUAGUUGCAGCGGUUGAGCGACCGAUGGAACUGGAUAGCAUUUCUAGUAGACGACGGCGGUUAGGGUUUGCUCGGGCAAAGGUGGAGGUCGAUUCUCUUCAGCCACUGGUGCCCGGUACGCUUGUGGAGGUUCGGCAGAGGAGGUUUUGGCAGGACUUUGUCUUUGAAGAUCUGCCGGGCCUCUGCUAUCUCUGUGCGCGCAUGGGGCAUCAGGCCAGCGAGUGUCGCUUCCACGAAGUGGGGAAGUCGGCAGCUCCGGUGGCGGCCGACGGGUUGGGCGUACCCCUAGAGGAAGAGGCAGCGGAAUGUCAAGGGGAUGGGGAACGGACCGUCUACGGACCGUGGAUGACUGUAUCCCGGGCAAGCAUGCUCCGGGGCGGCGACUCCAGGAGGGUUACCGGGAGGAAGACGGUGACCGAGCCCCCCACUGAGUCAGAUAGGGGACCGGUCCCAGCAAACUCAGCGCCGAGUCUAGCUAAGGCUGGGUCGAGUUCCCCCGUAUCGCCAUCGGAUUCGGAGGGAUGGCAGAAGCCCAAGAAAAUAGCUAGGCAUACCUUGUCGGAGCAGAGCAGGGCGAUCGGCAACAACGCGCCGGACGUGGGGAAGAUGCCGGAGGCGUGGACUGAGUCGGAGCUAAGUUCGAAGCGGGUGGGGGGAACCCAACCCACGGACCUCGGCCUAGGCCCAGGCUCGUAUUGCGCAUUGGACCGGGCUAAGGUCUCAAGCCCAACCCGCGAGGCUGAUAGAGGUGGGCUGGGCGGUUUGGCUGAGGCCUAA